CGCACGGAAAUUGCUUCCCUGUCGACUUGCGCUUCGGGCCCAUGUGUGAGAACAACGCUGAAAAGAUGAGUGCGACCUCAGCAGAGAGCCUUCUGGCUUUGCGCCAACAAGAAGAACUAGUGGAUUUGCCAAAAGACUACCCCUUGAGUGCCAGUGAAGAUGAAGGGGACAGUGAUGGAGAGAGGAAGCAUCAAAAGCUUCUGGAAGCAAUCAGUUCCCUUGAUGGAAAGAAUAGGCGGAAGUUGGCUGAGAGAUCAGAGGCUAGUCUGAAGGUGUCAGAGUUCAAUGUCAGUUCUGAAGGAACGAGAGAAAAGCUGGUCCUUUCAGAUCUGCUUCAGCCCAUUAAACCUUCAUCCUCCUUGGCCACUGUGAGAAAGCAACUGAAUAGAGUCAAAUCAAAGAAGACUGUGGAGUUGCCCCUUAACAAAGAAGAGGUUGCGCGGAUCCACAGAGAAGUGGCAUUCAAUAAAACCUCCCAAGCUCUCUCCAAAUGGGAUCCUAUAGUUCUAAAGAACCGGAAAGCAGAGCAGCUGGUUUUCCCCCUGGAGAAGGAGCAGGCAGCCUUUGCUCCCAUUGAACAUGUGCUCAGUGGCUGGAAGGCAAGAACUCCCCUGGAACAGGAAAUUUUUAACGUCCUUCACAAGAACAAGCAGCCAGUGACAGACCCUUUAUUGACUCCAGUGGAAAAGGCCUCUCUCAAAGCCAUGAGCCUAGAAGAGGCUAAGAUGCGCCGUGCUGAGCUUCAGAGGGCCCGGGCCCUGCAGUCCUACUAUGAGGCCAAGGCUCGAAGAGAGAAGAAAAUCAAAAGCAAAAAGUAUCACAAAGUUGUCAAGAAAGGAAAGGCCAAGAAAGCCCUAAAAGAUUUUGAGACUCUGCGGAAGGUCGACCCUACUGCAGCAUUAGAAGAACUGGAAAAAAUUGAAAAGGCCAGAAUGAUGGAGCGAAUGAGCCUUAAACACCAGAACAGUGGGAAAUGGGCCAAGUCAAAGGCAAUUAUGGCCAAAUAUGACCUAGAGGCUCGCCAAGCCAUGCAGGAACAGUUGGCCAAGAACAAAGAGCUGACACAGAAACUCCAGGCAGCAUCUGAGAGUGAGGAAGAGGGGGGAGGUGUAGAGGAGAAUGAACUCCUCGUCCCUGAUGUCGUGAACGAAGUCCACAUAAACGCAAAUGAGCCGAAUCCCUGGAUGCGCAGAAGUUGCACCAGUGAUGCCAAAGAGGUGGAAAUCCAGAAGGACCCUGAACAACCUCCUGAGCCCAUGGCCCACGAGGAUUCAGAAAGUGAGGGGGAAGAAAGUCCAGUAGCAGAAGAAGAAACCUUGUUGAAAGAAUUUGAAGAAAGGCGAUCCCUUAGGAAAAGGCCUGAGCUCAACCAAGAUGCUGAGCCCGUGGGCGGUCGAGAAGCACAAGAUGCUAGCAGCCAGGAGGUGCUAUCCGAAUUGAGGGCACUGUCUCGGAAGCUCAACAAGGAAAACCAGGAAAAACAGUCCAGGAAGCAAAAAGGGAAUUCCGUGAGGGCUGUUCUCCCAGUCCAGAGAGAGGAACCAGCCCAGGAAGAGGAGGAGCCCCUGUUGCUGCAGAGGCCAGAGAGAGUACAGACUCUAGAAGAGCUAGAAGAGCUGGGCAAAGAAGGCUACCUGCAAAAUACAGAGCUUCCCAGACCUGUGUCACAAGGGCAGCAGACAGAGAGGAACCCAGAUAAUCAGCCUGGUGCCCCUAAGAAGAAGAAAAGAAAGGAGGAAAUGAUUGAUUUGCAGAACCUCCUAACUACAAAAUCUCCCUCUGUGAAGUCUUUGGCAGUUCCCACAACAAUAGAGGCAUUGGAAGAUGAAGAAGAGAGAGACCAAAAGCAGAUGAUAAAGGAAGCUUUUGCUGGGGAUGAUGUCAUCAGAGACUUCUUGAAAGAGAAGAAGGAAGCCGUGGAGGCGAGUAAGCCAAAGGACGUGGACCUGACGCUGCCUGGCUGGGGCGAGUGGGGUGGUGUGGGCCUGCAGCCCAGUGCCAAAAAAAGACGCCGGUUUCUCAUUAAAGCCCCUGAGGGUCCUCCAAGAAAAGACAAGAAUUUGCCAAAUGUGAUUAUCAAUGAGAAGCGCAACAUCCAUGCCGCAGCUCAUCAGGUACACGUGCUUCCAUACCCAUUCACCCACCAUCACCAAUUUGAAAGGACCAUCCAGACCCCUAUAGGAUCUACAUGGAACACCCAGAGGGCUUUCCAAAAGCUGACUACUCCCAAGGUUGUCACCAAGCCAGGCCAUAUCAUUAAGCCCAUAAAAGCCGAGGAUGUGGGCUACCGGUCUUCUUCGAGGUCUGACCUCUCUAUGGUACAGAGGAAUCCAAAACAACUCUCCGUCCGUCACAAGAAACAGCUGAAGAAAAACUCUGUAGAUUGAGGUGCUGGAGAAGUGACAUCUUGAGCCCUGACUACUUCCACCUCAUUGGGCUCGGUGUUACCCUCAGCUGCAGGAUCACUUCCAAAACUGGCCUAUCCCACUGUGCAUAUAGUUAAACCUCACUUAAGCAAUAAAGGAUUUUUAAUCUAUUAAC